GCUGUCUGGGUCAGAUGUGCGAGCGACUGCGAGGAGCAACAUGCCGCUCUCUUGAAUGGAAUAAGCGUGGAACAUAACGGCCAGAAGGUGUCAGAUCUGUCCAUGAAGACGUGGAGAUUAUUUGCCCCAACUUAGCCAGCCAGGAGAACAUCUCAACCCAGCUGGAGUCCGACUGGGUCUGGAAGGGACAUGAGGAGGGACCGACUGCUGGUGGCCGUCACUUUGGUCACCCUUUUGGCGGCUGACAUCCAUUUUGUCCUGCUUCCCAGACUCAAAAGCUGGUAUCAUCUGCCCGGUGAAAGCUGUGAGUGCAGGGUCACCAAUGGCAGUCUGGACACCGGAGGUGCUACAACCUUAACGUGGACGGUGAGCCAGAAUUUCACAACAGCUUCCACCAAGCGAAGCUCCAAGCUGGAGCGGCUCUUCGGACACCCGCUCUACAACAUCCGCCUUCCAGAACUGGGGCCGGACGAGCUGCUGCUGCAGCGAGAGGAGCUCAUGAACUACUACAAGAGGAAAGUGAGCCGCUGGGAGAGACUGAAAAAGUUCUACAUCGAGGCGGCAGCAGCUUCAAACAUCACCAUUCCUGACCAUCCCGUGACCUUUGACCCGGAGGCCAGUUGGCUGCAGUUCCAUCUCGGGAUCAAUCGAUAUGCGCUGUAUUCAAGAGAUGACAGCAGCGUCGACAGACUCCUGCGGGACAUGCAGACGGCCACCGUCAUCAGUGCAGAUUUCACUCAGGAUGAGAAAGCUCUGAAGGGCGCGUGCGACUGCUCCCAAGUGGUUAAACCAAGCGGUCUUCACCUGAAACUGGCCCUGAAACUCCAAGACUUUGGCAAAGCUAUGUUUAAACCAAUGAGACAGGAGCGACACGAAGAGACGCCCGAGAACUUCUUCUAUUUUGUCGACUUUCAGAGACACAACGCUGAGAUUGCAGCUUUCCACCUCGACAGAGUGCUGGACUUCCGGAGGGUUCCACCGGUGGCGGGGCGAUUCGUCAAUGUGACGGGAGAAAUCUUGUACAUAACCCACAAUGAGGAACUGCGCAGCGUUUUCUUCAUCUCUCCAGCCAACAACACGUGUUUCUUCGCCAAGUGUUUAUACGUGUGCAAGUCGGAGUACGCAGUGUGCGGUCACCCUGAUCUGCUGGAGGGCUCCAUGUCUGCGUAUCUGCCCGGCCUGAGCAUCGCCCCACGCAUCUCCAUCCCAAACCCCUGGAUACGCUCCUACAGUUUCACCGGGAGAGAGGAGUGGGAGGUCAAUCCCUUAUACUGUGACACGGUCAAAAAACUUUAUCCCUACAACUCUGGGAACAGACUGCUCAACAUGAUUGACAUGGCCGUUUUUGACUUUCUCACAGGGAACAUGGACAGGCACCACUAUGAGAUUUUCACCAAGUUUGGAGAUGAUGGUUUCCUUCUUCACUUGGACAACGCUAGAGGAUUUGGACGGUAUUCCCAUGAUGAGAUGUCCAUUCUCGCACCACUGACCCAAUGUUGCAUGAUCAAGCGCUCGACGCUGUUCCGACUGCAGCUUCUGGCUCAGUCCGAGUACCGCCUGAGUGACGUAAUGAGGGAAUCCCUCUCCCGAGACCCUCUGACGCCUGUGCUGACUGAGGAGCACCUGCAGGCCUUGGACCGCCGGCUGGCCCAGGUGCUCCGGACAGUGCAGGAGUGUGUGAAGAAGCUGGGAGACGCACAUGUGGUGAUCACGGACUUUGUGGAAUCAUCCGGAGUAACUACAAGCCACCAGGGAGGAAAUAAGAGGUGACAGAACGAGAAGAGCGCGGGUUUGAGGGGAUUACAGGAAUAAGCCGUGUCACUGAAUGCACUUAAACGUACAAAAGAGACGUUAUGUGCCAGCUGACAGAAUUAAUACACCCCUCCGGUCCAAAAUCAUGACUUCAGGAGGAAAAUGAUUCACAUUUCUGAUUGGCUAAAAAUGGUCUGUGUGGUAUUGCUUUAAAAAGCUCCCUAACAACACCUUUAAGUCAAAUAAAAAUGUCAAAAUUAUGACAUAAAAAGCCAUAAUUACUGUACGAGUCAAAAUUGACCAAAAGUUAAAAAUUAUGAUACAAAGUCAAAAUUAUCAUAUAAAUCAAAAGAGAUAAAAGGUCAUAAUUAUGAGGUCAAAAGUUUAAGUUACAAGAUUUAAAAGUCAAAAUUGCAUUUUUAAAUUUGAGAUAAAAUUAAAAUAGAGUCAAAACUGAAUUAAAAAGUCAGUUAUGAGAGUUAAAAUUAUCAUAUACAAGUUGAAAAAUUAGUUGUCAUUUCUAAAGUGGAAUUUUUGACAUGACUUUUCAUGUCAUAAUUUUGACUCAUAAUUAUGACUUAGUAUCUAAUAUACAUUUUUAUCUCAGAAUUGUGACUUUUUAAUCUCAUGUUAAUAAACUUUUAUAAUUUUGAUUGGCUAAAAAAGUUCCCUAACACCUUUAAGUCAAAUAAAAUGUCUAAAUUUACAUAAAAAUGAUCAAAACUGACAAAAAGUAAAAAAAAAAAAAAAAAAAAAAUAUGAUACAAAGUCAUAAUGUCAAAGUCAAAAAUAUCACAUAAAUCGAAAUUAUGAGAUAAAAGUCUGAGAUAAAAAGUCGUAAUUAUGAGAUUAAAAAGCCAAAAUUGCAUUUUUAAAUUUGAGAUAAAAUAAAAUUGUCAAAAGUGAAUUAAAAAGUCAGUUGUGAGAGUUAAAAUGAUCAUAUACAAGUCGAAAAAUGAUUAUGUCAUGAUUUAUGAUUUAGUAUCUCAUAAUAUCAAUUUUAAACUCAGAAUUAAGACUUUAAUCUCAUAAUUUUGAUUGGCUACAGAAAUUACAACACCUUUAAGUGAAAUAAAAAGUCAAAAUUACGACAUAAAAUGUCAAAAUUGACAAAAAGUUAAAAUUAUGAUACAAAGUCAUAAUUAUAUCAAAGACAAUAUAAUGAGACAAGUCAGAUAAAAAGUCAAAAUUAUGACACGUUAAAAUUGAGAUGAAAAGUUAAUCAAUCUUGAGAUAACGUGAUAAUUAAAAUAAGAACUUGAUGUCAAAAUUAUGAUAUAAACAAAGUAAAAAGUUGAAAUACGAGAUAAAGUCAAUUCUAUAAAGUAUUAUGACUUUUUAUGUCACAAUUUUGAACGUUGAUUAUGACUUUCAACUUUUUAUUUCAUAAUUCUGACUUAUUCGUCUCAUGUUUAUUACUUUGAAUCUCAUAAUUAUGAUUGGCUGAAGGCAUUACUUUAAGAAGAGUUUGUCCUGAGCCGCUUCAGUUCCAGACGCCGCAGACACCUGGAGGAGCUGAAGACACCCGUCCAGACGAGAUAAGAUCUUCAGAUCUCCUUACGUCAGCAUUCAUGUGGCGCUUUAACUGCACAGUGAGAGCUUUCCUCUGAUUAUCCCUUCCCUUUCUGUCCAUUUUUACACAAACAGCCAUUAGUGGCGUCUGAGCUGAUGAUGGAGCACAAACAGGCCACAUCAGCACUAACACUGUGGUAGGUUGCGAGAUUUCUCGACAGGGGCUCAUUUUCCAGACGGAUCGUAAGCGACGUGUAAUCCUCAGCUGUCUCAUCUGCUCACACUUCACAGGCUGAACCAAAUCAUGUGAAGUUUCUGAGCGUUGUGGUUCGCCACACUACUGUACUGAAGAGUCGAAGCGAGCUGAAACACGUCACCAUCAGAGUCUGGGCCUGUGAAAUAAAAAAAACCCAUUGCAAAAAACAAACAAUAAACAUGAUCUGAAAAACUAAA